AUGGUUACCUACUGGAGACCCACAGGAGUUGAGUUCGACGACCCACAAUUCGUUGAGAAAUUUAAGCAAGCAAGCCAAAAUGGCCGUUUCUUAACCGAUGAAGAAUUCGAACAGGAGAAGAAGACUGUUAAGUAUCCGGAAUUCUUACACAAGACUAAGUUGGAAGAUGCCAAUGCAUUUGUCAACCACAACAAUCCUGGCCACGAGAAGAACGACAAAGGCCAUUUGGGAGAUCCCGAAUUCAAGAAUCUCUUCAAGGGAAAUACUAAAGUGGAGAAGUUCGACUUGUCUCCAAACUAUGGUACGGAGAUUGACGGAAUCCAGCUCAGUGAGUUGGACGAUGCCGCAAAGAAUGACUUGGCCUUAUUGAUUGAGACCAGGGGCCUUUUGGUGUUCAGAAAUCAGGACUUCAGAGACAAGGGUCCUAAGUUUGUUAGAGACUAUGGCAGAUACUUUGGACCAUUGCACAUUCAUCACACAAGUUAUGCAGCCGAGAACUACCCUGAGAUUUUUGUCACCAUUCGUAAAGAGGGUGACGAGACCCGGUACGAGAAGGAGUUCAAGAACAAAACUGGAACUUUUGUUUGGCACUCCGAUGUCAGCUUUGAACGUUACCCAUCAUCGUUCUCGUUCUUCGUAGCUUUGGAGGCUCCUCCAUCUGGCGGAGACACUGUGUUUGUUGAUUUGAGAGAAGCUUACAAGAGAUUGUCUCCUGAGUUGCAGAAGUUCUUCGAGACGUUGACGGUGGUUCAUUCGAACCACUACCAGAGAAAGAUUGCGGCCUUGAACAACCAUGCAACCAAAGUUAAGGAGACCUCAUUUUCGGAGCAUCCUUUGGUGAGAACCCAUCCAGUGACAGGCGAGAAGAGUCUUUUCUUUUCGCGUGGAUUCAUCCAAUAUGUCAAGGGAGUCAAGCCUUCGGAGUCGGACUUCAUUUUGAACUUCUUGGAGGACCAUGUGCUCAACAACCCGGAGUUUCAGAUCAGGGCCACCCACCGUGGAACAGACUCCAGAACCGUGAUUGUCUGGGACAAUCGGUUCCUGGUUCACACUGCCGUGGCUGAUUUCCUCCAACAUCAGACAGGUCCUAGACAUCACUUCCGUCUCACGGUUCUUGGAGAAAGACCAUAUUUCGAGACUCCAAAAGGAGAGGAGGAUGACGAGAAAGUGGAGAAGGAACAAACCCAAAAGAGCGGAUCUGAGUCUCCCAGUGCUCGUCCCAAGGCUUAUUAA